AUGCCUCUCUUCCUCUCUGAAGAGGAGCUGCAGGCGUUGGAGGGCGAUGUCAGGGCCGUUGCGCGAAAGGCGGAGGAGCAAAUAGGCUCGCUCCUCCGUCAGCUAGAGACGCACAAAGCGCAGGCGGAUGCAGCGGAAAUCAACGCGGAGCAGACGUGUUCGCUGAUCGAGCAGAAGUACCUCGCGGUCACGGACGAAAACGCGCAGCUCGAACGCGAAAAGGGGUUUCUUACCGCGGAUCUCAAUCAGAAAGCCGCCGAGCUUGCGGAAAUUAAGGCGCAGGUCCAUCGCCUGCAGCUGGAAGCGAUUCAGGGGGAUGGCGAGCGGGAGCGGGUGAAAGCGGAGCUGGCGGAGGCGCAGACGAGCCGGCGGGACCUGGUGGACGUGAUCGAGCGGAAGAACCUCGAGAUUGACGAGAAGAACGCGUCGCUCAAAUCGUACCUCGACAAGAUCGUCUCCCUGACUGAUUCGCGGACGGAGCUGGAGGGUCGGCUGAGGACGGCUGAGGCAGAGGCGUCCCGCUACAAGGCCGCCGUGAACCGCCAUGUGCAGGAGAAGGAGAUACUGGAGGAGCACCUGGCGUGGCUGCGCGAGGACGUGGCGGGGAAGGCGGGCGCGCUGCAGGAGGAGAGGCGCGCGCGCGCGGAGGGGGAGGCGGAGCUGCGCAGCCAGCUGCUGGGCGCGGAGCAUGAGCGCGACGACCUGCGCGCUGCUGAGAGCCGCGCCCAGGCGCGCGUGGCGGAGCUGCAGGGGAUUGUCGCUCAGCUGCAACAGCUGCUGAGGCGCGCGCGCGCGGAGGGGGAGGGGGAGCUGCGGAGCAAGCUGCUGGGCGCGGAGCAUGAGCGCGACGACCUGCGCGCUGCUGAGGCGCGCGCCCAGGCGCGCAUGGCGGAGCUGCAGGGGAUGGUCGCGCAGCUGCAACAGGAGGUGAAGAAGCGAGCAGAGGAGGAGGCGUUGCAUGAGAGCCAGCUGGCGGCUGAACUGGAGACUGCGAAGAAGCUGGUGGAACUGUAUAAGGAGAGUGCAGCGGAGGCAGGUGAACGGACGGCAGACCUGAAGGGCGUUGUCAAGUCUCUCGAGGAUCAUCUGAAGCAGGUGGAGGAGGAGGGCGACAGGCGUGUCAAGGCAGCAGAGGAGGCGGCAGGGAAGCAGCAGCAGGAGCUGCAGAGGCGGUGUGAGGAGCUGCAGAAGAGCCUUGACGAGGCCAACAAGAAGGCUGCUGCUGCCACUGAGGCAGCCGCUGCAGCAGCAGCUGCUGGCGCUGGUGGCUUGGACCUUGUGCCUGCUGCCCUCCCUGCCGCUGCUGGCCCCAUCCAGCCCUUGGACAGGCAGCUGGCGGCCGUGUUGCAUGGGGGGCGCAGUGUGCCCCCAGCCCUGCCGCAGGGCGUCACAGGAGUGGCUCUCGCCUCAUAUCUUGUUAAAGAUGGCUGGACGCUGGCAACGAUGUACGAGAAGUAUGAGGAGGCAGCAGAUGCGUGGCGCCAUGAGAGGCAACAGCGACGGCAGGCAGAGACUCUUCUUAACAGGGUGUUGAGGGAGAUAGAGCAGAAGGCGAGCCUGGUGCUGGAGGAGCGAGAGCAGCAUGCGCGCAUGGCCCGUGCAUACGAUGUCAUGCAGGACAAGCUGGCUCUGGCGGCGGACCAGCAGGCCGCUGUGGAGGCAUCAUUGGCUGAGUGCAGGGCGGAGCUGCGGGCGAGGGAGAGGGACGUGAGCCUGCUUUCCACUGAUGUGGCAGACCUGCAGAGCCAGGUGACAGUACUCCUCAAGGAGCUAAGGGAUGUGAGCAUGCAGCGUGCUAAUAACGAAGCCACUGCUCCGCCCACCCCUCCGCGACCCUCCUCGUCAGACUUCGUCUCGGUUGAGCAGCUGACAAUCACGGACAUCGGGGGGUUGGUGCAGGCCAACACAUCUCUCCGCCACGCCCUGAGGAAGCUGCAGGACGACUACAGCUCCCUGGAGCCUCGGGUGAAGGCUCGGUUUGAGGAGGAGUUGGAGAGGCGGGCAGCAGCGAACGCCAAGGAGGUGGAGCGGGUGGUGGGCAUGUACAAGGAGCAGGAGGAGCUCGCGCAGCGGCACAAGGCUGCUGUGAAAGUCCAUCCAGUGAACGCCAAGGAGGUGGAGCGGGUGGUGGGCAUGUACAAGGAGCAGGAGGAGCUCGCGCAGCGGCACAAGGCUGCUGUGAAAGUCCAUCCAUUGAACGCCAAGGAGGUGGAGCGGGUGGUGGGCAUGUACAAGGAGCAGGAGGAGCUCGCGCAGCGGCACAAGGCUGCUGUGAAAGUCCAUCCAGUGAACGCCAAGGAGGUGGAGCGGGUGGUGGGCAUGUACAAGGAGCAGGAGGAGCUCGCGCAGCGGCACAAGGCUGCUGUGAAAGUCCAUCCAGUGAACGCCAAGGAGGUGGAGCGGGUGGUGGGCAUGUACAAGGAGCAGGAGGAGCUCGCGCAGCGGCACAAGGCUGCUGUGAAAGUCCAUCCAGUGAACGCCAAGGAGGUGGAGCGGGUGGUGGGCAUGUACAAGGAGCAGGAGGAGCUCGCGCAGCGGCACAAGGCUGCUGUGAAAGUCCAUCCAGUGAACGCCAAGGAGGUGGAGCGGGUGGUGGGCAUGUACAAGGAGCAGGAGGAGCUCGCGCAGCGGCACAAGGCUGCUGUGAAAGUCCAUCCAGUGAACGCCAAGGAGGUGGAGCGGGUGGUGGGCAUGUACAAGGAGCAGGAGGAGCUGGCACAGCGACACAAGGCUGUUGUGAGUGCUUCCCAUUUUCACCUCUCUCCGUUUCGUUCCCAUGUUGUUUGCCCGUCCCUCCCCCUGUUUCUCCCCUUCCCACCCCACUUUCUUCGCCCCUUCCCUUCCCACCUCUCACCCCACCAGCACGACAUGUUCAAGAUGCUGUACGACGAGCAGCAGCAACGCAUGCGGGCUAUCGCAUCGGGCACUGCUGCUGCCUCCCCCCAUGCAGCUGGUUCUCCAGCAGCCAAGGGAGUGGCUGCCGUGCCCAUGCUGUCCUCCCCUCCACCUGAUGGUCCAGACUACAAGACUCUCUACACUGCAACGCAGGAGGAGCUGGAGAGGCUUCGGCAGGAUCGCAAGCAACACAUGGAUGAAUUGCAGGAGGCGCUGGAUGCUGCCAGGAAGGUGGCGAGUGAGUCACGAAUGGAGCGCAUGCGAGCGGAGGCAGAGGCGCAGUUCGCCAAGCAGCAGGCAGAGGCGCUUGAGAAGACACUCGAAGAGGAGCGCAAGGUGAAGGAUGCAGCAGUGGCGCGCAGCAGUGAGUUUGCGGCGUCAGUGACGGCCCACCAGAGGCAGUUGCGGGAUGCCGAGAGGCUGCUGGCUGCUGCCGAGGACAAGGCAACCCGUGCAACCAUUGAGGCAUCAGUGUUAGAGCGUGAGAAAGCCCUGCUGGCCGCAGCGGAAGAGAGGGCGACAGCGGAGGCGGGGAGUGCAUUGGAGAGGAUGCACCGCGUGCAGGCGGCUCACGACUCACUGGAGAGCACCCAGGCUGCCCGCGAGGCCACGUGGGCUGCUGAGAGGAAGCGGCUCGAAGACUCCAUUGACCGCAUGCAGCGCGAGUGGGCGGAAGCUAGUAGGGCUCUGGAAGCAGAGAGGGACCACUCUCGCCACCUGGUCGAAGCCAGGGACAGGGCAGCAGCGGAUGCAGAGGCAAAGCUGAGUGCAGCGUGGAAGGACGUGGAGCAGCUUAAAGCCCAGCUCAGCGCUGCUGUCACCAAGGCCAAGACUGCAGAGGCGCGGUGUGAGGAGCUGCAGGCGGGUGUGAAGCGGUUGGAAGCGGUGGCGGCUGCUGCUGUUGCUGGCGGUGCAGGGGGAGGUGUGGGAGGGAGGAGUCUGAGAUCGGCGUCGGAGGGUGAGGGUGUGGAGGAGGAGGACGUGGAGGAGCGGCUACACAAGGCAGAAGAGGAGGUGCAGAGGCUAAAGGAGGAGCUGGAGGCGUCUCAAGGGUACCUGGCUCAGUACAAGGCAAUUGGAAAGGCCAAUGAGGAGGCACUGGAGCGGAUGAUGCAGCAGCACAGCGCGUUCAAGGAGGAGGCUGAGAAGGAGAGAGCUGCAGCAGUGGCAGCAGUGGAGGAGCUGAGGGGGAGGGUGAAAGAGGCAGAGAAGCGGGCUGCUGAUGCUGCGGCAGCUGCUACAGGGCUGACGGAGGAGCAUGAGAGGGCGUUUGCUGAUGUCAGCCGGAAGCUGGAGGCUGCUGCUGUGGAGAGAGACGCAUUCAGGGCGCGGGUGGAGGAGAUAGAGUGGAGAGUGGAGUCAGAGGCAAAGGAGGCGUCGGAAAUGAGGCAGAAGUGGAGGGAGGCGCAGACCAAUUAUGAACGACAGGUGGUGCUGCAAGCAGACACCAUCCGCCAGCUGGACGGCGUGAGUCAGACACUCAACGCGGCCCAGGCGGGGCAGCGCGAGUGGCGCAGCAAGGCAGAAAAGGCCGAAGCAGAGCUCACCUCCCUGCGGGCCGAGUGGGAGACGGUCAAGGGGGGCCUGGAGGCAGCACGGGCUGCUGCAGAGGGGAAAGCAAGGGAGGUUGAGGCUCAGAACGUGAUUCUGCUGGAUCGGCUUGAGGCGCUGCGUGUGGGGACGCCGGGGAAGGCGGGUGGGGUUGCUUCGCCUGGUGUGGGGAGGAGGAGAGUGGGUGCCUCCCCGUCGCCGGAGCUACAGGAGGUGGUGCGGUUCCUGCGACGCUCCAAGGAAGCUUCUGAGAUGGAGCUUGCUCUGCUGAAGCAGGAGCGGCUGCGGCUGACAAAACAGGUGGAAGCAGCAGAGAGAGAAGCACAGGAAGCACAGCAGCAGCUGAGAGAAGAGCGCGCGCGGGGGGCGGCCUCUGCGCAGUCAGAGGGGGAAUUCGCGGCACUGAAAGCGCAGGUGGCGCAGGUGAAUUUACUCAGAGAGAGCAACGCGAUGCUGAGGGAUGAGAGCCAGAGGAACUUUGCGGAUGCGGCGGAGUGGCGGGAGAAGGCGCGGCAGGCUCUGCAGCAGGUGGGGCCGCUGCAGGCUGCGGUGCAGAAGAGGGAGGCGGAGGUGGCUGCGGGGAAGAGGGAGGUGGAGAGUGCGAGGGAGGAGGCGGGGCGGUGGCAGCGGCGCGUGCAGCAGCUGCUGGAGAAGUACAAGGCGAUCGAUGUGGAGGAAUAUCAGAGGUUACAGGACCAGCUUCAAGUGAAAGAGAAGCAAGCAGAGAAACUGGAGCAGGAGCUCUCGGAGGCGAGGGGUGCGCUGGCAGCAGCAAAGGCGGCAGCAGAGGCUGCGGAAAAGGACAAGGAGGCCGAGAAGAAGCGGGCGGCUGCUGAGCUGGCGGGGCUGGAGGCGCAGCGGGCGGCACUGGCGGCAGAGAAGGAGAAACUGGAGAAGGAGCGGACGGCAGGAGGGGAGGAGCUGAAGAAACAAUUAGAGGCGGCGAAAGAGAAUGAGGCAAAGCACAAGACAGAGUUUGCCAAGCUCAGAAACACAGCCAUCAAAUUCAAGCGCAACGGCGAGCAGCUGAGCAAGGAGAAAGAGGAGCUGCGGCAGGCCAAGGAGCAGCAGAGCAAGGAGGCAGAGGCAGCCAAAGCCAAAGCCGCAGAGCUCGAGAAACGCGUUGCCGACCUCGAGAAGAAGCUCCAGACGACCUCUGAAACGUCUCAGAAGCGAGUCGCUGACCUGGAGAAGAGGCUUCAGGAGCAGACGGCAGCAGCGGGUGCAGCGGAGGGGAAGAGUGCCGCGGAGGCAGCUUCUGGGAAGCAGCAGGCGGCGGUGGCCGAGGGGAUUCUGAACUCCCGUAUUCAGUUGCUGCAGAGGCAGCUGGCAGCAGAGAAGGAGAGGCGCGCCAAGAACCUCAAGAGCAUCGUCGACUCGUUUCAGCGUGCCAAGGAGAGCUACGAGACUAUCUCUGUGCGAGUGGUGGCGGUGGAAGACUGGAUCAAGCAGCAACAGAGCAAAGAGGGGGCCUUUGAAGAGCCGGCAGUGGUAUCCGAGCUGAGAGCUGCAUCGCAGGAAUAUGACACUGUCUUUGGAGCCAUGCAGAAAACAGCAGAGGCUGGCGUGUCUGCCGAACCUGCGGACGAGGUUCAGGCCGCACCUGCUGCAGGUGGGAUGGAGGUUGAGGGUGGGGAGAAGGGAGGCGCAGGGGCGAGUGAAGCGGUGCAAACCGGUCAAGUGGGGUUGGUGGCCGAGGCAGCGGCAGCAGGAGGAGUGGCCGCCCGACCCCGGAGGUCCACGGCAGGGCUGAGAGGCAGGGCGGCCGCCAUGGCGGCAGCAACGGCGGGGCGAGGGGGAGGGCGUGGGGAGGCGGGAGAGGCGGGCGGUGCAGGGGAAGGGGAGGCGGCUCAGCGCGCUGCUGCCAGGCAGGCUCGAUUUGGGGCCGCUACUUCCCCCCGCCGCGGCCGAGGCGCAAGGGGCCGGGGCACACGAGUGAUCAGUCUCGUGCAGACAGGUGGACGGGGAACGGGCAGCCCACGCGGGCGCGGGCGAGGCAGGGGGCUGCAGGUGGGUCACAAUCUGCUCCACCAGAUGGUGCUGGAGGAGGUGCUGUGUGAGGAGCCCAUGUUGGCUCAAGUUUUUUUGUUGGGGAUUGGCAUUUGGUGCUACUGCUCCCAUCCCUCCUUCCCCCCAUGCCAUCGCAGGUCCCUAGUCUUCUUGAGAGCCCACCGCCCCCACCUGGAGAAGUACUGGCGGGCGCUGCCGCUGGCAGUGCUGGGGGGGGUGAAUCCUACAGAGUGCAGCAUCCUGGAACCUUCCCGCGAUCGUGUGUACCUGGUGAUGUGCUGGCUGCACCGGGCGCUCGUGGCUCGCCGCAUGGCGGGAGGGAUUUCACAAGAUGCUCCUAUUGUUUCCAGAAUAUACCAAGUGUUGUCAGACGGCAUGCUGGGGUACGAGAACGCGCUCAAGAUAGUGAACACGCCCUUCCCCUUCCCCUUCGCACAGUGCGUAGCUCUCCUCCUCCACAUCAACGCCCUCAUCAUCCCGCUCCUCAUGGCCGACUGGCUAGCAGACCCCUACCUCGCAUCUGCAAUCACAUUCCUUUCAGUCUUCUCCUUCUAUCUUCUCAACGAAGUGGCGAGAGAAAUUGAAGAGCCUUUCCGGUUCGACCCGAACGAUCUUCCUGUGGUGUACCUGCAUCAUAAGUUCAACGAGCGGCUUGUCACUGCGUUUUCAAGAAGCGUUUUCCCUGCGGAAGGGCUGUUUACUCACAUUGACGAGAAGGAAAUGGCGUGGCUUUUAGCUAAGCACCGGCCGGUGACUGUGUUGAAGGGAGCGGAUGAGAAGGUGGGUGUCAAGGAUUGUGUCAUCGAUGUGCAGUGCGGUGACAAGCCUGGAGAGAAGGUUCGGACCGAGGCUGGCUCAGAAGCGGUGCUUCUUGCCCUGCCUAGUGCCAUUCUCGCGGGACUACUCUCCGCGUUCAUAUUCGUCGAUAGAACCGAGCACCUAUUUCUCCACCCAUACCCCUAUGCCGUAUUCAGCGGCGUCGUCGCUUUCAUCCUCAUCUUCCGCACCAACCUCAGCUACGCGAGAUACUGGGAGGGGAGAACAAUGAUCGCGCAAAUGAGUUCAAAAUGGGGAGACGCUGCGAUCCAGGUGAUCUCGUUCGACGAGGGAGCUGAGGAGUCGGUGCCAGGGGGGAUUCGGUUCCGCUCCGAGUUUGUGCACACCAUGAGCCUCAUGCACGCGCUUGCAAUGCAGAGACUAAGAGGAGAUUCCUACCUGAGCAACCUAACUUAUGGUCGAUUCAUGGACAUCCCACCAGAGCCACCAGUGGACGCGGAUGAGGUGGAGGAGUGGAACCGAGUGCGCGGAAACAAGUCUUUGCAUCCUGGAACCUUCCCGCGACCGCGUGUACCUGGUGUUGUGCUGGCUGCACCGGGCGCUCGUGGCUCGCCGCAUGGCGGGGGGGAUCUCUCAAGAUGCUCCUAUUGUUUCGAGAAUAUACCAAACGGCAUGCUGGGAUAUGAAAAUGCCCUCAAGAUAGUGAACACGCCCUUCCCCUUCCCCUUCGCACAGUGCGUUGCUCUCCUCCUGCACAUCAACGCGCUUGUCAUUCCUCUCCUCAUGGCUGACUGGCUAGCAGACCCCUUCCUAGCCUCGGCUAUCACCCUCCUCUCCGUCUUCUCCUUCUAUAUUCUCAACGAGGUCGCGCGGGAAAUUGAGGAGCCGUUUCGCUUUGAUCCAAAUGAUCUUCCGGUGGUGUAUUUGCAUCAUAAGUUUAAUGAGCGGCUGGUUACGGCGCUUACGAGAAGUGUUUUUCCUGUGGACGGGUUGUUUACGCAUAUUGAUGAGAAGGAAAUGGAGUGGCUUUUAGCUAAGCACCGGCCGCUGACCGUGAAGAAAGGAGUGGAAGAGAAGGUGGGAGAAACUGCCAAGGACUUUGUUGUCGAUGUGAUGUGCGGUGACGAGGCUGAAGAGGAGGUUCGGGCCGAGGCUGACGUGGAGGCGACGCUACUCGCCCUCCCUAGCGCAAUCCUCGCCGGACUUCUCUCCGCGUUCAUAUUCGUCGACAGAACCCAGCACCUCUUUCUUCACCCAUACCCCUAUGCCGUGUUUAGCAGCGCCGUCGCGUUCGUCCUAAUUUUUCGCACCAAUCUCAGCUAUGCGAGAUACUGGGAGGGGCGAACCAUGCUCGCACAAAUGAGUUCGAAAUGGGGAGACGCUGCAAUCCAGGUGAGCAAAUCGUUGUUGUAUGUGCCACGUUCAACGCAAAUUCAGGUCAUAUCCUUCGACGAGGGGGGCAACGAGGAGGAGCCUGUGGAGCCGGGUGGGGUUCGGUUUCGCUCCGAGUUUGUGCACACCAUGAGCCUCAUGCACGCGCUCGCGCUACAGAGAUUACGAGGAGACUCGCACCUCACCAACUUGACUUAUGGUCGAUUUAUGGACAUUCCUCCAGAGCCGCCAGUGGAUGCGGGUCAGGUGGAGACGUGGAUGCGAGUGCGCGGGAACAAGUCCAUUGUCUUUCUCCGCGCCAACCGCCCCCAUUUAGAAAAGUACUGGCGUGCGCUGCCUCUGGCAGUGCUGGGGGGAGUGAACCCCACAGAGUGUAGCAUCCUGGAACCUUCCCACGACCGUGUGUACCUGGUGAUGUGCUGGCUGCACCGGGCGCUCGUGGCUCGCCGCAUGGCGGGGGGGAUCUCCCAAGACGCCCCGAUUGUGUCCCGAAUAUACCAAGUGCUGUCAGAUGGCAUGCUGGGGUACGAGAACGCACUCAAGAUAGUGAACACGCCCUUCCCCUUCCCCUUCGCACAGUGCGUCGCUCUCCUCCUGCACAUCAACGCCCUCGUCAUCCCGCUCCUCAUGGCCGACUGGCUGGCCAGUCCAUACCUUGCAUCAGCAAUCACUUUGCUCUCCGUCUUCUCCUUCUAUCUCCUAAAUGAAGUGGCUAGGGAGAUUGAGGAGCCGUUUCAGUUUGACCCGAACGACCUCCCGAUGGUUUACUUGCAUCACAAGUUCAACGAGUGGCUUGUGACGGCGUUUACUAGAAGCGCUUUUCCCGCUGACGGGCUGUAUACGCAGAUUGAUGACAGGGAGAUGGAGUGGCUUUUAGCUAAGCAUCGGCCGUUGACAGUGACGGCAGGAGUGGAGCGGGAGGAGGUAGUGGUAGCUGCCACAGGGUGUGCUAUUAAUGUGCGGUGCGGUGACGAACCUCCUGGGAAGGUCCGGGCAGAGGCUGGCUUGGGGGAUGGGUGCUGUGAGAAGGUUGGAGCAGCUGCUGGUGCCGCUGCAGGUGAGAGGCCGAGGGAGUGGCAGGAGUGA